AAAGAAGCUCGCGUUCUCCUGCAUCCAACUGCAUACAACGCAUUCCUCGACAUCGCCAUCACGGACGCCAGCAAGCGGGCUGACGCGAGGAUCAUCUGGGACAACCUCGCAGCUCUAUACGCCGAGCUCCUCCGCCCCCUCAACAACCCUAGCGACGACGGCGAACGGCUGGCCAAAAGCAUCGUGGUCCAAGACAGGGCGGCGGCGUACGUGUACAGCUUCAGCUCGCAGCUCGGGGCGGACCUGGCCACACUCUAUAUGCAUCUGGGGAUGGUGCACGUACCUGACAUGGUGCGCCGCUUCCCCGUCAGCUUCAGUGACAUGUCACAGCAGUUUGUCGAGCACAAGCUGAAAGAGGGAAAGACGGAUAUGCAGUUGUUCACCAAUCGGCGGUUGGUAGACGAACGGCAACAGAAGGGGCGCAAUUUGCAAGUGAUGGCGAAGGGGAGGGAACGGCUAGCUUUGGAGCAAACGGUCGCAAUGCCACUGAGCAGAAACGAGAGGCGGUUCAUCGGGGACGGGGAGAAGGUUGCAGAGCAGGCGAUCGAGCCGAGUUGGAGGGGCCUGCCUCAGUUGAUCCCCCGGGCGCAGUGGGGGAAAGCGGCACGGGGGCUACGGGAGGAAGGGGCGCCGGCGCUGCUGGCAGGGGGGCGGGCAGGGGGGCUGGCAGGGGCACCGGCAGAAGCGCUAGUGAGCGUGCAGGCACAGGCGCGCCGGGCGCUGGUGGCACGGGCAGGGGCACGGGCACGGGCACGGGCGCUACUGGCGCGCGGGGCGCUGGCGGCGGAAGAAGGGGUAGAGGCCGCGCGGGAAGAAUCUCCGCUUUCGCAAGGCCGAUUUAGUUUGGAAAAAAGUUAG